AUGACUGGUGCGAACGAUGACAUUGCAAUUUUAAUGUCCUCGAAUCUAUUCGACGAUGUCAUAGACGGGGUUGCACCAGAUACUUCAUUCUAUGCAAACGACGUGGAGUAUAAGUAUGGCUACUAUCUCACAGACGGUAUUUAUCCCGAGUGGGCGACGUUGGUAAAAACUCUUUCGUGUCCAGAUGACGAAAAAAGAUUGUAUUUCAAGAAAAAACAAGAGUCAGCAAGAAAAGAUAUCGAGCGGGCUUUCGGUGUGCUAAAAAAGAGAUGGUCUAUCAUCGCCCAGCCGUCGAGGAUACUUGAAAAAAGUAAAAUGAGAAACAUCAUGUAUACGUGUAUCAUUUUGCAUAACAUGAUAAUGGAGGACUAG